CUUAGCCUCGACGACUCCACUGAACCCGCUUCGGGCUUCUUCACACGUGAGUGGAUUCCAGCCGCCUGCCAAUGGGUCGCCCGCGCUGCCCGGUGUCACUACGCCAUAGACCUGGCAAUGGAGUCCGGAGAGCACCUGGACCGAUAUCAGCUGUACUGGAAGGUCAUCUACUUCUCGCCCCUCCUGGGACCUAUGAAACAACACCAUCGUGCAAGACACAGAUGUCUCCAGGACAGUCGCAGGUGCCGGGGCAGCAGCCAAGCUGGAGAUGGAGCACUUCAACGAAUCCAUUGCUGUGGAGGUUCGGAGGCACCUCGAAGUGGUUGACGCCGAGUUCAUGAACAGCGUGCGUCACCGCGACGUUCCGCUGAUGUCCCUCUUCACUGCCGAUACUCAGUAUGUGAAGAAGCGCAAGGCCGUCGUGGCAUCGCCUGGUCUCGUAAGCGUCAUAAUGAACGUCACACACAGCGCGGAUCCCAUCGCCACACUUCUCAUCGGAGCACCCGUCAUGCGAGCCAUGGUGCCACGCCGCCAGGGUGCGUACAGGUGGAGAUGGGCUAACCAGCAUCACCUAAACCAGGCUACCCGCUGUGUCGAGAGUAAGAUGGCAUCGAGCAAGGCGAUAGCCGAAAGGGUUAAAACCGAGACAGCCGUCCUUGAGCCAUUGUUCGACGCCUACCGACGAAGCCUCGCCGAUGAAAUAGGCCUUGGAACGGCGCCUCACGCAGCAGUACAGCAACAACGAGUUGUUCUACGUGUUGUGGGCCCAGGGCCACUGCGAUGACCCGCUUGCCGAAGUGGUCGUCAAUGGUGUCGCCAACAACUCCGCUCACUUCGCCAAAACUUUCGGGUGCUCUCGCGGCGACAAGCUGUGGUCCGAGGACAAGUGCAGCUUUUGGACAUAGAUCACUCCUGUCAUCUUUGUUAUGUAUCCGUGUUUUUUUUUCUUCCAAACGCUUGUUGCUUGUUUCAUUUUGGGACCAUUUUUAUUGCUUGUAUGAAGUGCUGUAAAAAUACACUUUGGUUUACCGUCUACUUAUAAUGACU